GAACUUCUGCUUUUGUAAGUCCAGUGGUUAACUGAAUUAUCGUCCAGCACAAGAAGACUGAAAACCUCAGCGUCAUAAGGACAUGGCAUCAGCUGUUUUACCAUCAUCUACUAAUGAGACAUUCAACUUUGCUAGACUGUGUCGUCUUGUGGUGGAUGUUGGAUCCCAAGCCUUGAGAGACACUUUUGAUGCCAUACACCCUCCAACGAGUCUUCAUUUAGUUUUGACGCAUCAGCCAGUGCAUGCAAAACUACAGUUUCUGAAGAAGAAGAGAGUUUUGAAUCCGACACAAUGGGGGAAGCUGUAUCCAAAUGUUCCAUCAUCUGUUUCAUCAGCAGACUUUGACAUCGUGUUACUGGUGGUGCUACUGAGGAAUAUCUGUGGGUUGGUUCCUCCCAGCACUGGAUGGGACAGUCUUCCCCCACCUACAGAUAUGAGUAAGGAGGCCAACAUAGCCAGGCUGAAGUACUACCGCAAUACUGUGUACGGCCAUGCCAGCGAAGCCUCUGUGGAUGAUACACAAUUCAACAGCUACUGGCAAGAUAUCAGCAGUGCCAUAUUAGGACUCGCAGGAGCAGGUUAUGGAGUUGCAAUCAGUAAGCUUAAGAAUGAGAGCAUGGACCUUGAAACAAAAGACCACUACACGCAGCUGCUAAAGCAGUGGAAGCAAGAUGAUGACAAUAUCAAAGAAACUGAUACAAAAGAAAACUACAGGAGGCUGCCAAAGCUGUGGAGGCAACAUGAAGGAUAUAUUAAAGAAACUGGCACAGGAGUAUGCCACAAGCAGCUGCUAAAGGAGAAGAAGCAAUUCAACGAAAUGUUCAGAGAGAUGAAAGAGCAAAUCAGACAAGAGGUGCAACAGGUGGAAAGUCAGAUGCAACAGGUGGAAAGUCAGAUGCAACAGAUGGAGAGUAGGAUGCAGCAGAUAAAAAGUGAGCUGCAAGACUCUCAAGAAAAGUUUGACUCCUCAAUGAGGAAUAGAGAGCAAAUCAGACAAGAGGUGCAACAGAUAAAAAGUGAGAUGCAACAGAUGAAAAGUGAGAUGCAAGACUCUCAAGAAAAGGUUGACUCCUCAAUGAGGAAUACAGAGCAAAGCAGACAAGAGUCGCAACAGAUGAAAAGUAAGAUACAAUACCUUGAAGAAAAAUUCGACUCCCUUAUGGUAGAUGACACGAGGAAUGGAGAGCGCACCAGAGUCAAUCCAGAGCGUUUGGAAAGUGAAAUUGGAAUCCUCAAAGAAAAGCUGAAGACUGUGCAGAGCCAGCCGUCCACCAAAAAGAAACUAUGGGUGGAAGAUUCCACCGAGAUUGUUGAUGGCAUUCGUCAGCUUUACAAAGUCCGCGAGGGUUGGUUGGCACCGUUUUCCUGGUGUGAGGACUUUGGUUUCUCUAUUGACGACAUCUACACCGAACUUAAAGUCAUCAGCUCAAAGAAAACGGUGGGAACAGUCACAUACCGAGUAGUCAGGAUGUCUGAGAUGUUUAACCCACACGAAGGCUGUGAGGAACCAAGGGUUGUGUUAGUGGAAGGGAAGCCCGGUGUGGGGAAAACAACUUUCUGCCACAAAGUUGUUUUUGACUGGGCCACUCAAAAACGCGCAGCUAAAAAUUGCUUCGGAAAAUUCUUCACAAUUCUUUUGAUCAAAUGUUGUGAAGUUCAGUCUGGCCUUUGGGAAGCCAUUGAUGAUCAACUUCUACCUCGAGAUGUCGUUGAUUACCAAAAGAAGAGGUUCUUCGACUUCAUUCGCCAUAAUCAAUCCAAAGUUCUCCUUGUACUCGAUGGAUUGGAUGAAGUUUCUGAGAUUAAGGUACCAAUGUUUUCAGAAAUUAUUCAAGGCCGAGUACUGCCAAAAUGUCGCGUGAUUGUUACAGCACGACAUGAAGUUGGAGUCAAAGUUCGAAGAUACUGUAACAUGCUUCUGGAAGUCAAGGGAUUUACUGAUGAAGAUGCAAGAAGGUUCAUCACCAAAUUUUUCCAAACGGAAAAGGCCUUGGCUAACAGGCUUUUAGUCCAGCUGCACGAUGAUCGAAAUCUUCAAGACCUUGCAGCGAGUCCUCUCAACUGUACGGUUUUAUGCCUGGUCUUGAAAGAUUUUAACGGCCGGUUUCCUCAAAGCAGAUCGAAGCUGUACAUGGUCAUGGUGGAGUGUAUACUAAGAAGAUACAGAGCAAAGAAACAACUUUCAGAAACCCGCGAAGACCUCGUACAAAUUUACGAAAGCCAGCUGAGACACCUUGGCUCGAUAGCUUUGAAAGGUUUACUGGAAGACAACUUGGACUUUGACGAGGAGGAACUUGAAAAACAUAAAGCACGUGACUUACCUGGACUUGGAUUUCUUUCCUUUCAGCCCGGAAGCAGUAAACUAAGACCGACUCGGCGCUAUGGCUUUCUUCACAGGACUUUCCAAGAGUUCUUCGCCGCUUUGAAUCUCGGAUGUCAGAUUAUCAAGAAAGAAAUAAGCACGGACAGCGUAGCUGCUGACGAACGAUACCGCCAUCAGCUGAAAGAAGUGCUUCCUUUCACAUUUGGCAUUCUGGCAGCACGAUAUGAGGAAACAGCAGAGAACCUUGUGAGAAGUAUGGCAACACAGUUAAACGAGGAGGAGGAGGAGCACGUAGCUGGUGGUUUGGCUUUUGCUUUUAAGGGCAUUAAUGAGUGCAAAAAUGACAACAGUUGUGAUGAAAAACUGGCCCGCGCGCUUGGCGCUUGUCUUCAAAUUGAAGUCAUUGACCUUUCGGGUACAAGAAUAGAUAAAGCUUUCGCUGUUUUGUUAGCGAACGUUCUUAAAACAGGUAGAGCAGUGAAGAUUUUGAAACUUUCAGGUAGUAACGCUGGUGAUUAUCUCACUGCUACUGUGGUUGAGGGUUUGAAAAGAAAUGCAUCCCUGGCACAGUUGAAUUUGUCUCAUAAUAAGAUUGGUGAUGCUGGUGCUGCAGCUCUGGCUGAUUGUUUGAAGAAUAAUAUAUCUCUGGCAAAGUUGGAUUUGCCCAAUAAUGAGAUUGCUGUUGCUGGUGCUGCUGCUCUGGCUGAGUGUCUACUAACUAAUACGUCUCUGACAGAGUUGGAUUUGGGUGGUAAUAACAUUGUUGAUGCUGGUGCUGCCGCUCUGUCUGAGUGUUUGAAAGGGAAUAAAUCUUUAACAGAGUUGAGUUUGAGUGGUAAUUAUAUUGGUGAUGCUGGUGCUGCUGCUCUGGCUGAGUCUCUAAAAUGCAAUAAAUCUCUGAUAAAGUUGGAUUUGUCUAGGAAUGAAAUAGGAGGUGAUGGUUUUGCUGCACUAGCUGAAUGUUUAACGGGAAACAUGACUUUGACAGCGCUGAAUGUGUCCCAUAAUGGCAUUGGUUAUGCUGGUGUUUCCGCCCUCACAAAGCAUCUGGAUGAUUUUAUGUCUGCGAUAGGAGGGGAUGUUUUUUAAGAAGAGAAUCAGUGAUUCUGGUGCUGCUGCUGUGAUUGCUGUGCAGGAGUGUCAUCCAUCUCUAACUGAGUCGGAUGAACUUUUUCAGAAAAUGUGUAUUCCGUCUUAAGACCUGUGGGGAAAAAGGAAAAGCGAUAACGUAACGAAUAAACAGUAACUCAUGACCCUGGCACCAAGCAGCGCAAAUGUUCAUAAGCUUUUAUUGGUGAUACCAGUGUAAGUACAAGAUUAAUACAACAUCUGUUUUCUGUGAUUAUUUAAUUUUGUUAGAGCUGUCAGAUAGGCUUACACGUUUAUGGUCAGGAGACUAUAGUACUUUAUUUCGACCUCUUCAUUUCAGCCUCUACUCUGUAAUAUGUAUUGAAGGGGUCGUUGAAAGAAAGUAUGCUUCAUUCAUGACACUCGUGUUAACCGCGAGAAUAUCUGCGCGAGCAUAACUUGAAAUGCUCAAAGGUUCUCUCGGAGUUUGGAAAUUGGAUGGAUAUUUUUUGGUUGGUUGUUUUCAGUAUUAGGUCGCCUCAGAUUUUCUUUCUCCAAUCGACCAUGAGAAUUUGUAAUAGGUUAUAGUCGUUACUCUUUGGUGAUCGGUUCUUUGAUUUUCACGAAUUUUACUGGUAAUAAUGUGCUGGUAAUGUUUAGUAUUAUAAGGAGAAAACUGAUGGUCAUUUGCAACUCUUUUAUUACUCAGUGUAAAGUACAGACUGAUACUCGUAAUUAUUAUAUGAUGACCAUUAUAUGAGACCAUUUGGUAGAUGUCGCGCAGCGGACUGGUUAGUAGCCCGCAAAGCCAGAGGUUGAGAGUUCAAAUUCCACAGUGCAUAUCAUCGAUAGUUUUUUUCUUUUUAACGGAUAUGUUUUUGUCUAAAUAAAUAUAUAGGGAAAGACA